UCCACACGUGAUUAUUGUGUUCAUGGAUCUCUUUUCUCUACUUUCGCAGCUUGGACAUGAUAAUAAGAUUUUUUAUUUUUAAAAAAUAAUUAAAGUGAAUUAAAGAUGGAAAAUAAAGAAGAUGGUUCCGCACCACAAACUGAAGUAGAUGGACAAGAAGAGAAUCGCGAAACUUGGAAUAAAAAAGUGGAUUUUCUACUUUCUGUCAUCGGAUUUGCAGUCGAUUUAGCAAAUGUCUGGAGAUUUCCUUAUCUUUGCUAUAAAAAUGGUGGAGGAGCUUUUCUUAUACCCUACUUGAUCAUGCUUUCGGUAGGAGGUAUUCCUUUGUUUUUUAUGGAACUGGCAUUGGGACAGUAUAACAGGAAAGGUGCCAUUACAUGCUGGGGGAGGAUAGUACCACUUUUUAAAGGUGUCGGAUACGCUGUCGUUCUCAUAGCUUUAUACGUGGAUUUCUAUUAUAAUAUCAUCAUUGCAUGGGCACUCUACUUCUUUUUCGCAUCGUUUACAAAACAAUUGCCUUGGACAAGCUGUAACAACGAAUGGAAUACAGAUAAUUGCAUGGAAGUUGAUUCUAGUCUGACUGGAUCCAAUAAUAUAUCACAAUUUGAUUAUCAGUUAUUUCUAUCAAACGAUACCAACUUCACCCAAAAUGAAAUCAUCAUUUCUUCUCCAAAAAAUCAAUCUAGAAGCUCACCCGCAGCUGAAUAUUUCAAUCGAGCAGUGUUAGAAUUACAUAAAAGUCAAGGUAUAGACGGUUUAGGUGUUGUAAAAUGGGAUAUAGCUCUAUGCCUCCUCGCUGUUUAUAUCAUUUGCUAUUUUAGUUUGUGGAAAGGAAUAUCCACUUCUGGUAAAGUAGUGUGGUUCACUGCACUCUUUCCCUAUGUUGUUCUCUUCAUUCUUCUCUUUCGGGGUAUCACUCUUCCGGGAGCUGCCGAAGGAAUCAAAUUUUAUCUAACACCCAAUUUUGCGGCACUAGCUGAUGCCAAUGUGUGGGUGGAUGCCGCAACUCAAGUUUUCUUUUCACUUGGACCCGGAUUUGGUGUUCUUUUAGCAUUCGCCAGUUACAACAAAUUCCAUAACAACGUUUACAGGGAUGCACUGAUAACGAGUGCAGUGAAUAGUGCCACCAGUUUCUUAUCUGGAUUUGUCAUAUUUUCUGUCCUGGGUUACAUGGCUCAAAAAGGAAACGUCGAAGUAAAAGACGUGGCUACCGAAGGUACAUUGAAAUAUUUUAAAAUAAUUCUACAAGAAAACGUAUUUAAAACGUAUAUUUUAACUCUUGCAGGUCCAGGAUUAGUGUUUAUUGUAUACCCAGAAGCCAUAGCCACAAUGCCAUGGUCUGGAUUUUGGGCUGUUAUAUUCUUUCUUAUGCUUUUAACUCUUGGACUGGACAGCUCGUUUGGUGGUUCUGAAGCUAUUAUAACAGCAUUGAGUGACGAGUAUCCAAAACUAAAGAAAAAUAGGGAAUUAUUCGUUGCUUGCCUCUUCACGCUUUAUUAUAUAAUCGGUUUGGCAAGCUGCGCUCAGGGUGGUGCUUAUGUGGUGCAGUUACUUGAUAGAUACGCUGCAGGAUAUUCCAUACUUUUUGCAGUUUUCUUCGAAGCUAUUGCAGUUUCUUGGAUUUAUGGUAUUAAGCGGUUCUCUCAAGAUAUUUACGAAAUGUUAGGAUUCGAAGUUGGAAGAUGGUGGAAAUUUUGUUGGAUGUUUGUAGCACCCUUCUUUAUUCUGUUUAUUAUAGUUUAUGGUCUGUCUAGUUACGAACCGUUGACUUACGAAGAUUACGUUUAUCCAACAUGGGCUAACGUUUUAGGAAUGGCAAUUUCAGCCUCGUCUGUUUUAUGUAUACCAAUUAUGGCAGUUUGGCAAAUUUUUCACACACCCGGAACACUUAAACAGAGAUUUACUUUCUUGAUCACACCUUGGAGAGACAGUAAAUGCUGUGAAAGCAUCACUCCAGAAGUGCAACAAACCAAAAUCCCAUGUCAGAAUAUUCCUCCUACAGCAGUGUGACAUAUUUUUUCAUGUUAUUUAUGACUUCAGGACACAUAUUUUGUUGUAUUGUAAUUCCUAAAUUAACAAAGACCAUAUUUCUACUUCUGAGUAGAAGUUAUAAUCAAUGUUCACUCUUUGUAAAAAUCUACAAAAAAGUUGUAAAUUUUCAUCAAAAAAAAGUUCAUCUUUUAAAUAUAUUUUACUUAAAACAUCUUGACAAAGUCAGGGAUUCUAUAAUUAGCAAACAAU